AGCUUCAAAAACAUGGCGGAGAAGGACGCAGAAAUUGGAUUCAAAAAGGACACAGUCAGCAAACUGUUGUCAAGUUUUUUCAAGGUGGACAAAACCAGACUAAGUGGUGAUGCUGUACUGCUCAUGACAGAGAUGCUGAAAGUAUUUGUCCAAGAGGCUGCUGUGAGAUCACAGAAACAAGCCGAGUCUGAAGACUGUGACCAAGUAGACAUCGAGCACUUUGAGAAGAUCCUGCCUCAGCUGCUGCUGGACUUCUAGCACAGUGACGCCACAAGAUGGAGCCGGAGUGUUGCCUGCACGUCCCAGUUUAAAUGCAACAACUUCAAUUCAAACAUGUUUAUUUUAUCUGUAUAACUGCUAAUUUCAUAACCUCUUAAAUCUGAGAUUACAUUAAGAUUAUCAUACUA